AUGGAUUUUGAUGAAGUACUUAAAGAAGUGGGAUCUUUUGGUUUAUAUCAAAAGAUUGUUAUAUGUUCGGUACUGCUGCCGGCAGCUUUGCCCUGUGCCUUUCAUGCCUACAGUCAAUUAUUCAUAGCUGCAACUCCUCAGCACUGGUGUCGAGUGCCUGAAUUGGAGCCAUGGACUGUGGAUUAUGUACAACUGGUUAAAAAUUUAAGCAUACCAAGGAAAAGUGGAGUAUAUGCCGAAUGUUCCAUGUUUGCACGGAAUUAUAGUGAUCUAGUACGUUAUCUGGAAUACCGACCACCCAUCGAUCUAUUGCGACAGCAAGCUGAACAUCUAAUCAAAACGGAAGAGUCGGUUCAAGUGGUGCCAUGUCAACAUGGAUGGCAUUAUGACAAAUCCAUUUACCCCAGCACAGUGGUUCAAGAGUGGAACUUGGUGUGCGACAGGAGUUAUUAUGUGACUCUAGCAUUGGUUAUAUUUGGAUUGGGUGGUCUCUUAGGUAACUAUGUAUUUGGCUAUCUCGUCGAUCUAUGGGGCAGACGUCCAUCAUUCUAUGCGUAUUUAUUGUUGGAGAUUGUGGCAUGUGCGGCAAGUGCUUUUGCCUGGAACUAUUACUCUUGGCUGGGACUACGAUUUGUGGUGGGCUUGACAGUGCCAGCCAUAUUGGCCAGUCCGUAUGUUCUGGCCAUUGAACUGGUGGGUCCAGAGCGUCGAGUAUUCUGCACAAUUGUCUCGAACAUUGCCUACUCCAUGGGACUGGUUGUUUUGGCAGGAGUAGUCUAUUUGGUGAGAGAUUGGCGUGACCUUAGCUUGGCCGUUUCUCUGCCCCUACUGAUGCUCUUCUCCUGCUUCUUUGUGUUACCCGAAUCUCCGCGGUGGCUAAUGGCAGUAGGCCAAACGAAACGGGCCAUAAGGAUACUCAAAGUAAUGGCACGUGUGAAUGGCGUGAGAGUUAAUCGAGAGUUUAUGGAGCGCCUUCAACUACGGCUGGUUAGCACACAGGCUGCUGAGGCUGCAGCCACGGCACACUAUGGCAUUCUGGAUCUCUUCCGAGGUACCAAUAUGCGGCGAAAGACCUUGAUAAUAACCUUCAUUUGGUUUGCCAACACCAGCGUCUACGUUGGUCUCAGCUACUAUGCCCCAGCUUUGGGGGGAGAUGAGAUUUGGAAUUUCUUUUUGGCUGGAGCUGUUGAGAUGCCGACUUAUUUGCUUCUUUGGCCGGGCUUAAGCUAUUUUGGACGUCGUUGGAUCCUUUUCAUUUCGAUGCUUGUGGGUGGCGUGGCAUGUGUGGCCACAUUUCUGUAUCCGGACAUUACUUUGCUGCUCUAUUGCAUUGGCAAAAUGGGCAUUAGUUCCUCGUUUGUUGUCCUACCUCUGCUGGCCUCUGAGCUGUAUCCCACAGUGGUCCGUGGUCUGGGCAUGAGCUUUAGCUCAGUUGUUGCCAUGAUAGGACCUAUUGUUAUUCCUAUUAUCAAUCACAUGGGUCAGCAAAUGCUGGCAUUGCCAUUGAUUAUCAUGGGUUGCCUGCUAAUUUUGGGCGGCUUUGCCAGCCUUCUAUUGCCAGAGACUCGUGGACGGAAUUUGCCCCAAUCUCUGGAGCAAGGGGAAGCGGUACCGUUAAGUUGUUUACUAUGCUGCUGCAUGGAGAGGUCCAAUAAAAAGACUCGUCGUCCCAGCACAGUGAGACCCAAGGUAUAUCAACGCGUAGAACGUCCUGCGGUAACAUGUAAAGUAGUUUGUAGUAUUUGUAAAAAGGAAAUGCGCACGUUAUAAUUUAAUAAAGAUUAAAUAUUUUCAA